AUGGAGAUUACCUAUUUUUGUCUAUUAUAUACUUUUUUAAUUUCAGGAACUCCAUACUACUAUCAUAAAGAUACAAGGGAAGCUCGUUGGGAUUUGCCUCCAGGUGAAGAAUUGAUUGAUCUCAAUGCUGUUGUUGCAAACAAUGAAGAUUCAUUGCAAAAUCCACUACUUUUACAACACCGUAGAGCCGAGUUCAAACGCCAGGUGUCUGCGUUGGUUGCAAAAUGUAUCGAAGCAUAUCGCAAGCGUUUCUUCCCCAAUCCAAACGAGUAUAGUGGCUUCUUGCGCAAGAUCACACACAAAGUUUUGGACAGUCAAGAAGGAAACAAGGAGCUUUUAUUUAAUAUUCAAGUCCAGAAGAAUACACGCCGCUUAGUCGAUGAUUAUAUUAAGCACUUCAAAGUGCGAGAAUCUAGUGCUGGAUAUCAAGUUCCAAUUUAA